AUGGAACCUUUGUCCCGCAGUAGUUUCUGUGUCCCACCAAGUACCCCGGAGUUGUGUGACUCCACGACUCGUCGACUUGGGUCAACACACGAUAACAGAGAUACGAUAACGAACGACACGAUACGGUACGGUGGAAAGAGGUCUUCGAAGAAGACGGUAGGAUUGUACACGAUGUUCCAAGCUCCACCGUACCGUCACGAUCCAUUCUUGUCAAACUUUAAAAGUUGGAACGCCCAUGCUUUGGCAUCUCGUGGGUUGGGCUUGUUGAGCUGCAAUGUCAAAAUUGCAUUAUAUCCUGCCAGAAUCAUCAGCCAUGGACGUCUCACACUAACUGACGUCGUUUCACAGAUUAAGGCGCCUCGAUUUACAAAAAUAACAGUGCCACAUCUCACUCUCAGCUCCCGAACUGAAGCCCAUUUGUCGGGUAACCGAGCCAUUCGCCCAGCAUCAAUCCAUGACGACUUUACUACAAGCGUACUCGUUUUAGUCUCAACCUGCGAGAAAUGGCCAAGCUUAGACUCAUCUCUUAGCCCUUCUAUUGGAAUGGAGAAGUGUAGUCAGACGUACAGUACACUGAUGUGCGCAAAGACGACUGAUCAACCCGACUUCCUUUCGAUGGUGUGUAGAUGCUCUACACAUGUUGAGCAUCUUUGUCAAAUUUGUUCAAUUUUGCGGCAUUUCAAGGUCCCCUGUUCUCCCCCCUCCUCACUUUACUUUUGA